CACAAAAUUUUAAAAAGAACCGGCAAAUUUUGAAAACGUUAAAAAAAAAAAAAAGGGGAGAGAAAAAAUGAAGAAAUAAAGCAAAGAAGAUGAAGUCCCUAAACCCUAAAUUUCUAACCCUCAAUUGCAAUUUUCAACUCUCUUUCUCUCUCUAAAUUCAUCAAUUCCAGCUCUCCGUCAAAAAAUUUGACAUAUUAUUCCACGCAUUUUAGAUUUCCAUCAUCAAUUACUUCCCCCAAUUCGAGUAACACUCAAGAAGAGAGCGAGAAAAGAGUUUCACGCAAUAUCAACUUUUUCAACAAGAUCUUUCAAGAAUUCGAAGGAUAAACUGCAAUGGAGGCUACGGAGAUUUAUGGUAAAAGGGCUUCCCAGCUUGUGAAAGAGCUUGCUUGUGCCGAACCGGGGCAAGUUACUCGGUUCAAUGAUGAUUUGUUUAAUCAAGCUAUUAAAGAAUGUAAUGUGCACUACAGUCAAUUUUACGAACUUACCAGGAAAAUGCAGGAAGAAGGAUUGGAUGUCCAAUCAGCUAGAAAUGCUGACCACUUUGGAAUGCUUAUCCACCAUCUUUCCCUAUUACGCAAUAAGCGCUGCCUAAUGGCAUAUGUGUAUAAACGAUCUGCAGUUAUACAGAGCCUAAGCUGGAAGGUUGGGCGGGUGCUUCCUGAAGAAAUUGAACAGAAGCUAAGUGAUCCAGAAAAACGCUACUUCAAGAGCCACUCUUCAGCUCUGCAAUUUUAUAUGAGGGAGAUGGGAGGCCUUGAUUUGACCGUGGAUAUGGUGCCACCAAAAGAUCCGUACAUAAAAGUACGAGUCCUUGAUGAUAUUGGCGUGACAGCAAUGGGAGACCGAGAUACCAACCUUGCACGCCACUCAAUCCACUUCCUUAAACGAAGUGAUGCUGAGCAUUACAUGUUUCAGGGAAUGAUGGAAGAACUCCUAGGCUGAUGUGAAUCCUGCGAUCUCGCCAUAUGUGCAAAGUUUUACCUUUCACAAUCAUCAUGCUGGCUCUCUUUCAGCUUCAUGUUCAGUUGCUUAGCUUUAAAUGGGCAAAACAGAGCAUCUACUGAUUGUGUACAAAGUGCAAGACGUGUUUAAACUCAGAGACGUUCUUUUGCUGGGAUCAUCAAGGACUGUAAAGUUCCAGGUAAUGUUACUGUAAGCGAUGUAUUGAUGCCUGCAGUUUGUAAGCUAGGAGCUGUAACUUUAAGCAAUUGUAUUGGCGAAGCUAGCCUCUUGUGAGGUUGUGUCUCGAAGUAGGUAUUCAGUUUCUUUCUGGCAGUGUAUGAAUGUUCUGGCCAAAUAUACAAUGGUUCUGCUAAUUGGUAAACGGCACGUCACCAAUGUGUUAAAGUAAAUUUGUAGGUACAGCAAUGUUUUCUUAGAUCAAUGUUGUGUGGUUGUACCAUGGUGCAAAUCUACAAAUGUAAACAAGAGCAUCCAAGAAAAUGUUGAACUCUCUUCCAAA